AUGUUCAGAAGAUCGAAAGUCACAGAGGGGACGGGCACUGGCCAAGGACCUGCUGCAGAAAAUGAAGUGGGUAUCCGAAAAAAAUCCCGUGUUCCUGGAGUGAUGAUUACGCAGUUCAUAGAGACACUGCCGGAGGGAAAAAGCCACCCGGACUUCACCCGCAAGCCAAUCGCUUUGACGAUUCAAGAAGGGAAAUUUGCGUUCUUUAAAGCUAUAGUGACUGGAGAUCCUAAACCCACGGUAGCUUGGAGCAGAAACAACGGAGAUGUAUCUGACACUUCCAAAUAUCAGAGCAAAUAUGAUGCCAACUCCAAUGAGCAUACGUUUGAGAUGCCAAAUGUCACACCAGCUCAAGCAGACACAUACAAAUGUUUUGCUACCAACGAAUUCGGACAGGCCAUGGUCACAGUUGUUCUGAAUGUUAUUGAAGUUGGCUACAAGAAAAACAAACCCCAGCAAAAUGCAACAGAACCCGUCAACGGUGGUUUUAAGAAUGUCCUAAGAAAAAGUAAAGUACGUCCAAAAUCAGAGCAAACGGAGAAAAAGGAGGGCGAGUUGGAUCCGAAAUUUUGGGAGAUGCUACUUAGCGCCGACAAGAAAGACUACGAGAAAAUCUGCGCUGAGUACGGAGUGACCGAUUUCCGCUGGAUGCUGAAGAAACUCAAUGAAAUGAAGAAGGAACGAGAAGAAGAACAAGCAGAGUUUGUCAAGAACAUAUCCAACCUGAGGCAUAUCCGGGUGAAUGCAGACGGUAGCGCAUCCUUUGAGAUUGACAUGGACCUUAUUGAACAGAGCAGCUCAAUAUACCUGUAUAAGGAUGGUGAAAUGAUACCAUACACGAAAGAGUUGGGAGACACAAUGAAGCACAGCCUGAGGAGAGUAGGGAGAAAGUAUAUUUUCAGUAUGAGGGAUCUGAUGCCAGAAGACGGUGGAUUCUACCAGUUGGACGUAGAAAAUGUGAACAUAUUUUCCACGGAUUUCAAAAUUCCCAUGGUUGAUUUCUUGGUGAAAAUUCAGGAAGUUAAGGCGAUGGAGAGAGAAGAUGCCGUAUUCGAGUGUGUCCUUUCCGUUCCCCUGGCCAAGAUUUCGUGGUUUGGCAAGAAUCUGCCCUUGGAACAAGGAGAUAAAUACGACAUUGAGGUUUCUGAGGAUAAGCUUAUUCACAGACUGGUGGUCAAAGACUGCAUGGUUGUAGACAAAGGCAUUUAUUCUGCCUGUGCGGGAAUAAAAUCAUGUAAUGCCUGGCUCGUAGUUGAAGCUGAUAAAGAUGCAGAUCAGGGCAAGAAGUCGGUGAGGAAGACAACAAAGGCGGGGGGCUCCGGUAUCGACCUGCAGAAGGUGGCUCAGGAGCAACACGAAAAGCUAGAGAAAAAGAAAGAGGAACUGCAAGAACAAAUCAAAGCUGCAAAAGAAACUGAACCCCCACCCGAACCCCCCAAACCAAAGCCUGUGAUCACCUGUGGACUCUCUGACAUGUACUGUCUUCGUGGAAAGUCUGCUGAACUAAAAGUCAUCAUGAACAUGGACUGCGACGGCACCUGGUUUAAAGACGGAGAGCCACUAAACUCCAGUCCCGUGAUCAGCAUAAGCAAAGAUUCCACCUAUCAAACGCUGACUUUUCAAAACUGUCAAAAUGAGGACUCUGGCGUCUACCGCUUUGUGUCAGGAGAUCAGAGUACGCAAGGAAAGGUCAUCAUUGGAGAUGUACCGGAAUUUGACCCAGAUGACCUUCAGAAGUUCUCUAAGCCUUUGACAGUGAGAGUGGGCCAGAAUGCCACGUUCAAGAUGCCCUUUGCACCUCAGGAGGCCUUGAUAGUUAACUGGUCUAAGAACGGCACAGAGGUCAAAGAUGGAGGAGGAGUGAAAAUUGUGAAGGAGCCCAAUCACAGUCGGCUGCUAUUCAAAGACUGCUUACGGGCAGAUGCAGGGGAAAUUAAAAUCCAACUUAAAACCCCAUUCGGGACCGCGGAGGCCACCUCACAGCUUUUUGUGCUCGAUCGACCGGGUCCCCCAGAGGGCCCGGUGGAAACAGUCGAGACCACUUCAUCUGUCAUUGCGAUCGAAUGGAAACCUCCCAAAGAUGACGGUGGUUCCCCCGUUACUAACUACGUCCUCGAACGCCAGCAAACAGGCCAAAGUUUGUGGACUCAACUCGGGCGCGUGUCUGGUGACAAGACCUCCUUCAGGGACAGAAAUGUGACCCACGGGAAGAAGUACAGCUACCGCAUCUACGCAGAGAACUCAGAAGGCCUCGGCGACUCCCUGGAGACGGCUGAUAGCAUUAUGGCUGGCAUCAUGAUACUUUCUGGGCCACCGGGUGCCCCCAAAGUGGUCUGCGCUUCAAAGACCUGUAUCACGCUGAUGUGGAGCCCGCCCGAGGACGAUAGGGGAGUGCCCGUCAUCGGUUACCAACUGGAGAAACGGAAAAAGGACACAAACCAGUGGAUUUCCUUGAAUGCAGUGAAUGAACCGAUUGAAGAUGUGAACUAUGCAGUUAAAGACAUCACUGAGGGAGCAGAGUACGAGUUCAGGGUUCUCGCAAUUAAUGAGUCUGGAGCCGGGGAUCCGAGUCCUCCGUCUGCAAUGGUGUGUGCAAAGAAUCCCAACAUGAGGCCUUACUUCAAAGACCCAGAGGACUUCAUUGUUGUCAGAGCAGGAAAUUCAGCACGUGUAAAAAUUCUCUAUGAGGCUGAACCCCCACCGGAGAUCACAUGGCUAAAAGACGAUGAACAGCUACCCGAUUGGAUAAAAGUUGUCAAUUCGGAAGGAAUGUCCCAGCUUGUUAUUCCUUCAUCUAAGCGCUCAGACUCCGCCAUCUACACGAUCAUAGCAAAAAACUCAGUCGGGCAGGCUUCCUUUGACGUUGAAGUUAGAGUUACAGAUGAACCCAAGAGCCCAGGGCCAGUGGAACUUGAGCAAACUGUCCAUGGAAGAGUGCUGAUAACAUGGGCUCCGUCACCAGACCAGGAACUGGACGACAGACUUUAUUAUGCAGUGGCUCAACGGGACUCCAACACCAGAGUGUGGAAAACCAUAGCGGACCGCCUCUUCACAAACACCUACACAGUUAGCAACAUCCUUCCCGGGCUGGAAUACCAUUUCCGGAUCUUUGCCAAGAAUGACAUGGGACUCUCUGACCCGUCACAGUCUCCAACGUGGGGAGUCAAUAGAAACAGAGUUCCAAUCACACACAAAGGAAGCAAUUCAACACUUAUCAGCUUUGAGAGGCCUCCAUCCAUCUUGGUUCCUUUGAAGGUCCAUGCACCACCUAAAGGUUACCAGGUCUACAUGACGUGCGCCGUUCGAGGCUUCCCAACGCCCACAGUGUCCUGGUUCCUCAACGACCAAUGUAUCAGCUCAAACAGCAACUACUAUAUUACCAACUCCUUCGGUGUAUGCUGCCUGUACAUCCUCAGAGUGCGACCAAAGGACAGCGGUGAAUACAAAGUUGUUGCGGUCAACUCAUUUGGCCAAGCUGAAUGUUCAACAAAACUCAUUGUUCGAGGUUUGUUGAAUCUGGAGAAUUAA